CAAUCCGAACAACCAAAAACUAAAUCACUACCAAAAACAAUACAAAAACAAGAAGAAUACCAAAGCAAACAAAACCAAAUCCAUGAUACGUUUAAAAUUGAAGAUUAGAGUUCUGGCGGGAGACGAACCUCAGAUCAGUAGCUCACAGCCGACAACGGGAAUGGAUGCUGGAAGAGCUAAGAUGAAUGUCGCCGCCGGUGAGACGCCGAAAACGCUCGUUUACCCACCAACAAAUAAAGAACCAGCCGCCGACAACCCUCGCUAGAAAGGAACGACGGCGGCGGCGGUCCAGAAAACCCUUCCCUUCUCUGUUUGCGCGAGGGAGGGAUGGUAAAGACGGAAGAUACCACGGCGUCGAAGAGAGACCACGCCGGACAGAGAAUGCGGCGGCGGACAGAGAAUGCGCCGGCGGCGGACAACGCCGGAGAGAAAUCCGUCUUUACCAGGGGAGGGCGGCGUCGGACAAUGCGGCGGCGCCAAAGAGAAAUCGCGGACAGAGAAGCUUCUGCUCUCUGCAAAAGGGAAAAGGGAAAAGGGAAAAGGGUUUUGGGUUUGGGAGCUGCGUUGAGAAGGAAAGAAACAAUAAAGAAGGGAAGCGUGGGGCAAGGCUUUGAUUUCGGGCCCAGUAAUGAUUAUGUGGUCCUUUCCGUAAACACCCUUCAACAAAAUGGGCCCUUAGAUUGAAUUUCUCUAAUCUGUAUGGCCAUAAAGGAGGUAGCCAUGAUGGCUACUUAAAAAAAAGGAACCAGGCUAACGCAUUCCAAAAUCACCGUUUACAUACCCCAUAAAAUUUGGGAAUUUAUAAUUAUGUUAAUUAAAUUCUAUGCUAUGC